AUAAAAAAUAUAGCUAUGCUAAUUUGGUUGAACCAGUAUUAAUUGUGAUAUUAAUGACGCAGAUACAGUUAUCGAUAAGUCUAUAGUCAAUAAAAUGAAAAAGCCAUCAAAGUCGUAAUCAUCGUUUUAUGAUAGAUCAAAGUAUUAGGAAGGACAGCUGAGAGAUAUGUUCAAGUUUGCAUUUACAGUAGUAUUUUUCAUUGUCAUCUCUGCUAUUGCAGAGGAAGAGGAAGCAUGGACUGGGAAGUAUUUUCCUGGACCUAAUGAUCCACUAGUCAAUUUGUAUGACAAGAAGCAUGGUAUCAAAAUGGGAAUUCCCAAUUCAGCCUGUGAUGAUGGAGAAAGUAGAUUGGAUGUUGAUUAUGAUGGAAGCCCAAUGAACUUUACUUGCUUCGAUAACAGAGCUUUGUAUGCACCUAAUUACAAUGUGCAUCCAAUUUUAGAGCACGAAGCCAUUCCUAAAGGAUAUAAUGCACAUCAUUUGUGUAUGGAUAAUGUGAUUAGAUAUAAGCACAAGAUUCCUACUUUUGGAUCACAUAGACCUUUGUGGGCUAAAUUCGGAGAGUAUACCUUUUUACCUAAGCAACGUUGGUUGCAUAACUUGGAGCACGGAGCUGUGACCAUGCUGUACCAUCCUUGCGCCGAUAAGAACGAAGUCAGGGCUAUGAAGAGGGUUGUGAAGAGUUGCUUGUACAAGCACGUCAUCUCCUCCAAUUCCGAUUUAACUCCUGAUAGACCUCUAGGACUGGUUGCUUGGGGUCAUAGGUUGACGAUGUCCGUAUUCGAUUUGACGUUAACCGUCAAAUUCAUAAGGGAUUACGCUUUGAAUGGACCGGAAAGUACUUCAAAAAAUGGAAAAUACAGCCUCAAUUUGGUUGAACACGCUCAGUUGGUUUCCGACAAACACGACUCUGUUUUGUGCCCUUACAAUUGAAAUGAUUUGUUAACAACGAUUGCUUUUAUAUAUUCGAUAUAGCUUUGCAAAUAAAUAUAUUGCAUAAAUACUAGUAUUAUA